AGCAUCGGGGCGCGGGUGGCCAGCCUGCCCCUGGUGAGCUCGGCCUACGGCAUGGUCUCCACGGCGUACGCCUCCACCAAGGAGAGCCACCCCUACGUCAAGUCCGUCUGCGACGCCGCCGAAAAGGGGGUGAAGUCGCUGACGUCUUGGGAGGCAGCGGGGUGUUAAACCCCACCGAUUUUCACGUCUCUAGUUUCCACCGCCAACGAAUACGCCUGCAAAGGGCUGGACAAGCUGGAGGAGAAGCUGCCCAUCCUGCAGCAGCCCACGGAGAAGCUCAUCUCGGACACCAAGCAGCUGGUGACAUCCACAGUGACGGGCGCCAAGGAUGUCCUGACCAGCACCGUGGCUGGGGCCAAGGACGCGGUGACCAGCCGGGUGACGGGUGUGAUGGACAUGACCAAGGGGGCCGUGCAGGGCAGCGUGGAGCUGACCAAGUCGGCGGUGAGCAGCGGUGUCAGCACCGUCAUGGGCUCGACCGUGGGCCAGAUGGUGGUGAGUGGGAUGGGCACCAUGCUGGAGAAGUCGGAGGAGCUGGUGGACCAUUACCUGCCCAUGACGGAUGAGGAGCUGGGUAAGGAGCUGAUC